ACGCCCGACGGCCGAAUUUUCGAGAUUUUGCGAGUCCGCCCGAACGUCGACGAAAUCGCGUGACGAUAAAAAUUUAUUUUUCCGUGACGUGUUGUAAUAACUACGAAUUUUGCGCGAUACGCGUUUCCGAAUGACAAUAUUUAAAACGUCUAUCCGCGGUGAACAGUCGCAUAAUAAUUUCCGCCGAUGUUACCGUUUCGAUCGCCACUGAUUUCUUUGGUUAUAAUAUAAUAUUAAUAAUUACCGCUAGUUAAUAACACAAUUAUUAUUAGUGUAUCAUCAAAACAAUCGUGAUUAUUAUUGAUUGUGUUACUGUCGCGAAUCGAAGGUAAUUAUAAUAAUAAUAAAUUAUUGUACGCAUACCUAAUUGCACGUGCGUCUUCGCCGAUUCGACUGCGGAGAGAUGAGCCCGCGGAUGAUCGACGCCGCCGAUGUUUCGGCCGGACACGUCGACACGUGCACCGCGCCCGCCGAACACGUUGCACCGGUACCGCAUUUGAGGCUGCUGCAGGUACGCUCGAAAAUCGCCUAAGUCACCACAUUUAAGUCAUCCAUUGAGAAAAUAUAUUUUGAUAUUUUUGUCCCGUCACAACCAAUAUUUUGGCGUCGUCGUAUUUCACCGUCCGUUCGAUGGCCCGAUCCGCAACCGACUCAUCGUAACGGCGAGAUCAAGACGCCGAUUCGUCACCAUAACCGCGGUGUCAGUCCUUCGACUGUCGUGAGCGCAGAGGAGACGGGACGACCGCACGACCACCGAAGUCGGAGAUCUCGAAUCAGUGACCGACGCUCGGCGACUGCCAUGACGUCCGACCGCCACUGCAGACACAACCGACAGCACCACUGCCGCCUCCUCCACCAGUCGCACGGCAGUCACCACAAACGUCACCAGCACCAACUCCACCACCGUGGUCGGUGUCGCGGGCCACCAUUGGUCGCGGUCGUAGCGCUGUGGGCCGCGGUGGCCUGCGUCACGGUGCCCGCGGCCUCGCCGUCUCCGGCCACCGGCGACAUGAGCCUGUUGACCAUGCAGCGCAUUAAGUCUUACGUGGACGACACGUGCACGUUGGACCCGCACUGUCAGUGGACGUGGGACCCUCUGCCGAACGGGCUGCGAAACGUGUCCUCGGAUGAAGCCGCUGCUGUCAUGCCGGAAGACUACUUGUUCCCGCCCGGCGACGACGCUGAGAAACCAGGACAAAGAGGGAAUUUUUUAUUCAUUUACGGUCACGAGGACACGCCACAUAUCUACAUAAGGAGCCCGUACUACACGGUCGGCGUGUUCGACAACAACGGGUGUUCGCUGUCAUUUCAAAUGCACACCAACGUCUCGGUGCCCAGUCAAGUGUCGAUAAUGCUAAAGACCGAGAAUUAUACGUCAUUAAUUCAGGAUAAUGUCGAAAACAACUCUCCCAUAUUUUGGGAGAAAAAGAAAAUAUUGUUGGGUCGACAGACAAGACAAGUUAUUAUUGAAAUAAAUAUCAAGCCUGGGUCACAUGUCGCCAUUGAUGAUAUUAGACUAGAAGAUUGUUUACCAGAAUACUUUACCGGAAUUACUGAUAACGGUUGUCCAACAGACUCACACUUUUUGUGUUCUGAUAAUAUGACAUGUAUACCUUAUCAUCAUGUUUGUGACAUCAGUCCAGAUUGUCCCGAUGAAACCGAUGAAACCGAAAACUGUUUUCUCGUACCCACCGAAGCUCGAUGUACGUUCGAGUCUGGGUUCUGCGGAUGGCGGAACACGUCGGGCGAAAUGUCUCUGACGUGGAAACUGUACAAAGGCGACCGACACAAAUUUACCGGUCCAAAAUGGGAUAACACUUUCCGCAACCGAACUGGUACCUACGCUUACGUGGACAUGUCCGGAUCGUCCUAUCUCGGGGCGACGGCGCGCAUGGACAGCAUACAUUUCCACCCACCGCCGACCUACUGUUCCGACACGCAGUCGAAAUAUUACAAUUCUUGUUAUAUAUCAUUUUUUUACCACAAGUAUGGUUCACAUAGCGGUACUUUGGGACUCUAUUUGGUCGAGGCCCAUGGUGAGGUAGAUCGUGUGAGAAGAUUAUGGUGGAGUUUCGGGACUUAUGGGAAUACAUGGCUUCGAACCGUUGUUUAUUUAGUAAACAUCACAACCAGCUAUUAUUUACAGUUUGAAGCUCGAAAACUACUGUCAGUAAAAGGAGACGUGGCGAUUGAUGAUAUAGCUAUGAGUCCAAAAUGCUUCGGCUUAGAUGUACCAGAAGACGUACUCAAGGGAUACAAGUAUGAAGUUGCUGGUACAAUAAAUAAUACUGCCACACUUAUGAAGAUUCCCAUCAAUCCGGAUUUCCGAAACAAAAUCGUUUAUAAAUUUACGACUUGUGGAUCAAAGGGUAGACUGGGACCGAGUAAUCGGUCGUGCGAAGCUGCAUACACAAACAGUACUGUAUCUGUGAUAGUGGUUAACGACACAUACAUGGAUGGCGUACAGAUUUGGCAUAUACCUGAGACGGGAGUUUAUACUAUAAUAGCGAGAGGAGCUCGAGGCGGCAAGGGUGCCGACGGAAUGGGAAUUUCGAAGGGAGCCACAGCAAUCGCGGUUGUUGAGUUGUCAAAACACCAACAGUUGCACAUAUUGGUCGGUCAAGAAGGCGGAGACGCGUGCCGGAAAACGUUUGAAAAACGCGACGACGCGUGCCAGCAAGAACAAUACUUCAGGACCGGUAGCGCCCUCAAAGAAUUGCACGACUUGCGCCUGCUCAACGGCGGUGGAGGCGGUGGAGGCGGAUCUUUUGUUUUUACAGGCUCGCGGGAAGAAGGAUACUUACCGUUGGUUAUUGGUGCUGGUGGAGGUGGUUUGGCACACGGACCAUUCAAGGACGACAGGAGUCAACAUGGUAAUGGUACCAACAUGAGAUUACCAGCGAUCACCGCACCAUCUUUUGGUGAAAAUCCUGCAGGUGCUGGCGGCGGCUGGGCCCCGGGAAACUAUACGGAAGACAAAAAAUCCACUGGCUCGGCGUUGCUGGGGACUGGCGGUUUUGGAAGCGAUGGAGGUGGUGUCGGCGGCCUGGCGUGUUACAAGAGCCGAGGCAACACCAAAGGAUUUGGCGGGUUCGGCGGAGGCGGUGGCGGAUGCGUUGCCGGCGGUGGAGGUGGAGGUUUCACCGGUGGUCGGGCUUGGAGCAACAGCCAGACGAACGGCGAGGGCGGCUGGUCGUACUUGCCGGACAACCAGCACGUGUUCUACAGGGCAGUGUACCCAGGCAGCAACUACAAAUCCGGAACGGUGUACAUCAUACCCGCCAUCGUGGGUUGUGGGUGCGCGUACCUGUGCGCCGCGACCAAUCAGCUGCGCAGCUCGGUCGUCUGCAUAUGUCCGUCCGACUUCAAACUCGGGCCCGACGGCAAGUCGUGCAUAUAUCAAUCAACGGAGACAACAAAGAUUAUAUUUUUGAUCACUGGAAGUGUAUUUACAGUUGUAAUUAUUUGCUUGAUCUUAGGAAUUUGGAUGUAUAGAAGUUUUCGAAGACGAAAAGAACGUAAAGAAAAUGUAAAUUUACUUCACAACGGCAUUUUAAAUUACGAUUUGACAUCGAGAAACAGAAAUGGAAAUGUAGACAUCAAUCCCACUUAUGAUUUCAAUGGAAGGACAUUGACAACGAACGAUCUUCCAAGGAUAUUAAGGGACGAAUUAAGAAUACAAAAAUCUAUUGGCGAAGGAGCUUUUGGAGUGGUGUACCGUGGGUAUUAUAAAAAAACGGGCGAAACGAACGAAAUGCGUGUCGCGAUAAAGACUCUCGAACCGAAAAAAGACAUGACCAAUGUGGAGGUGAAAUUCGACGACGACAACACACCUAAUCCAGAAGUCGAAAUAGAAAAAAUACAGAGGAUCAAAAAGGCUGAACUAUCUUGUAUACGUGACUUCCUGACCGAAGCCAUCAUAAUGAGUCAGUUUAAUCAUCCGAACAUUGUGAAGUUCAUCGGAAUCACUUUCGAAAAGAACUAUAGGUUCAUCGUAACAGAGCUUUUGAGUGGCGGUGACUUAAAAGAAUUUUUACGCAAGAAUCGUCCUUCAGUCCAACAAAACCACAAAAUCAUUCCCAUAAAGUUAAAAGAUUUAUUAAAAAUGGCAUUGGACAUUGCCAAAGGAUGCGUAUACUUGGAAAACCUUCAUUUUAUCCACAGAGAUAUUGCUGCCAGAAAUUGUUUAUUAUCUACGACAGGACGGGGCAGAGUAACGAAAAUUGCCGAUUUCGGAAUGUCUAGGGAUGUAUAUAGAAACGAGUAUUACAGAAAAGAUGGUCAAGCAAUGUUGCCCAUUAAAUGGAUGCCGACAGAGUCAUUGAUAGAUGGCGUUUUUAAUUCAAAAACCGAUGUUUGGUCUUAUGGAAUCACAUUUUGGGAAAUUAUGACGUUUGGAUCCAUGCCAUACACGGGCAUGACGAACAAAGAGACAAUGAAUUACGUUAUGAGAGGUGGUCGUUUAUCUAGACCAGGCAUUUGCCCAGAACCUGUCUAUAAGCUAAUGGGCAGCUGCUGGAAAACAAACCCUCAAACCAGGCCUACGUUUGAGUACAUCCGCAAUAAGCUUCGUCUCUUUAUACAAGAUCCGGUCAUCAUCGAUUUCAAACCUCCGGCGAUCGGCAGGCCCGCGGCUCAACUUCCGUACCGAGCGACUCAUCCGCUGGACGACAAUGCCCCACCGGAUGGUGUUCUUCGAGCACACGAUUGCGUCGUCGACAGCGGUGGAAUGCAUCAGUUGCCGCAAAACGAACACCAGGAAGAACCACAGUACGUGACGCCACUUCCGGCCGACGACAUGUUCGAGGGUGUGGACGCGGAAAUGAUGAGGGACGCCGAGCGGUUCGGCAGGUUCCGGGGCAGCAACGAGAUGGCUCCGCGUGACGACGACGACGACGACGACGACAAUGAGAGCGGCGGUGACGAAGAGGACGAUGACGAGGACGAUGACGCGGCGAACAUUGCCGAAGUGGACGACGAGGUUGACGACGACGAUGACGACGACGACGACGACGACGACGAUGAACAGAAUGUGGAAGAGGAGGAAGACGACGACGCAAACGGUGCGGAGAUUGUCCUGGACGCCGACAACAAUCGGUUCGACGAGGACGACGACGACGCGUACGGAGACAACGCCAGAAGCAACGGUCCUGUGACGUCGUAUCACUGGAAUAGGUUCAAAGAGACGAGUUUCAUCAGCAUGAAGGAACCGAAUACCAAACAGACGGGCACAGAUGGCCAGCCAAAUACAUCUAAGAGAAGAAAGUCGUUCUCCGAACUCGAAGACAACAGGCCCAACCCUUAUUCGUUGACGGGCCGCGUCCGGUACAACGUAGCCAGCGACGGGAAAAUAAGAUGCUGACAUCCGGACUCAAGGACUUCGGUUAUCGAGUCCUUGGAAAUGUUAUAAAAUGUCCUUGCACGCUGCGUGCACAAUGUUUAUACUCUGUUUUGAUGUACGACUGUUGUAAAUAUUUUUUUUCAUUUUUAACUCACGUCGUCUGCAUGAAAUAUAAUUGUUUUGUUUUAACAAUUUAUAUCAUACCCAGACGUCUAACCCUGAGUAUAAUAUAAACAAUCGUGACCUAAAUUAACUGCGCAAUAAGCCGAAAUUAUCUAAAAUAUCUAAUCGUAUAGGUAGGUUAAACAUACAGUUAAAAAAAAACCAUACGUUUAUAAUAACAUUGGCGAUUUGGUCAGUGUAAUUAAAUAGGGGUACCGUUUAAACGUAUUAAUUAUACAGCGUGAUUAAGCAUUGUUCCACAACUAUAAAAAUGACGUAUGAAGUACAUAUUUUUAAAUCUCUUUAAUAUCAUAAUAUUUUCAUUUUAAGUAUAAUAUUAAUAAUUUGUUAUAUUUUAAACCAUAAAUAUAUUAUUUCGUAUUACAAUUGAAAAUAGUAUUCACAAAAAAAUAUGAUAGUCAAAUAUGAAGUCACUAACGAUUGGAAAUUGUUAUUUUAUAAUAAUCUAUAAUAUGUGUAAGAUGAUUUCGAAAAGACGAUAAAAAAAAAUAUUUUUUGAAAAUCAUAAUUUUAAUUGUUCAAAAAAUAAGAACAUAAUAUGUUAUAAUAAAAAAUACGAUACAUAUAAUAUUAUGCACUUAGCUACCCUAAAAUAUUACAUUCAAUGAUCAAGUUAAUGUAUAUAUAAAAAAAAUACGUGCACGUAAUAUGUGUAAUAUAAUUGUAUAAUAAAAAUGAAUAUAAUAUCAUUAGACUAUUUAAAAUAUUUUAUAUUAUUGUUUCCACGUUAAGUAAUAUUACGUUAAAGAUCUCUGCCGUGUUCAAAUGACAACACAGCCACAGCUAUUAAUUGAAUAAUAUUAUAAAUACCUUAGGGAAAAAAGAAAAUAUUUUAUAUAAAAUUUGAGUAAACUAUAUUUUUACAUAAUCAGUAAAGACAUAAUAAAGUUUCGGUUUGUAAUAAGGGAUAACGUAUGUCAAUCAGCUUAUAAUUAAGUUUUCCACGUAUUUGAUCACAAUAUAAACACAUUCGUAUCAAAUUAGAAUGGUUUAUUUUCAUUAAUAAAAGGCAAACAUCGUUUCAAAAUAAUAAAAAAGGUAUUAUAUCACAGUCAAAACUUAAAUCAGCAUUUUCCUCGUACGGAGAUGUAUAAAUACAUGUAAAUUGCUCGUAUGAAGAUGUAAUAAAUUGUUCGAAUGAGUUUAUAUAGAUAUGCCUAUUGUAGCCAAUGUGGAAUCAAACAAGUUGAAAUUACAUUAUAUCUUGUGGUCGUACUCUGAUAUCGAAAUAAUUAUCUAUAAAACAGAUGGUUUAAUUGAUUGUGCAUCGACGAGCUAAUAGAUUUAAAGUGUUUAACUCAACGAAUAAAUGCCUAAAUAAGUUGGCCAUUAUUUACUUGGAUUAAAUUGUAAACCAAUUAAAUUAAUACAAUAUUACGAGUUAAACUUGGAUUGUAUAUCAGCGAAAUUCGAAUAGGCGACUUACUCAAAUUAAUGUGAUUUUCCCCUGACAAAUGUAUCGCUCGAAGGCCAGAAGUCCCAUUACAUUAUGCUAUAGGAAAAAGUGUUGUGUUCAUAAAAUAACUGAUGUUUUUUUUGUUUAAAUUAGCUAAGUUUUAAUGAUUUAUCAACUUGUCAAGCUGUACUGUAUAAUGAACAGUUAAUAAAAAGUAUAUAUAAAAAAAAAUAAUAAUAUUAAUAUUAUUUUGGUUCUAAGCAUUUGUAAAACCAAUAUAAUAUAGCUAUUAUUCACGUUAAAUUAUUAAGUCUUAUUAUACUUUUUUAUACUAAAAUGUACCAAUUUUUUAGUAAUAAUUGUAAAUUAACAUUAAGUGAUAUAUAUUAUUAUGUAUCUCAAGAAUGUAUGUUAUUAAUUGUAUUGGUUUUUUUUUAAAUUAUUACUUUAUAGAUUUUCCACCAUUAUUAUAAUAUAGGCAUAAUUAGUUUAGGCGAAUGACUCAAAAUGUAUCUGAGUUGACAUUCAUCAUUUGGACAGUCGAUCGCGUUCGGGUGAAUUUAUAUUGAAGACGAUUGUCAGCACACUUUGUAUUCUCCCUCAGACCUAUUUACAACAUACACAAUUUGGGAUCAGCAGAACAAGCAUUUUUUGUUAAUAUCUUUAACAUUAGAUUGGAUUAUUAUUGACCUAUUGACCUUAUUAUUUUUAUUCAUCCAUUUUCAUGAUAUUAUACUUUAAUUAUUUAGUGAACUCAUUUUAUCAACGCCAAAACAUUUGUAUGACUUUGUUCAAGAAACAUUUUUAACGAUAGGUUAGUUAAAACUAACUAAAACUCUGAAUCCUCAAAUAUUUGGAAAUGUAUUAGAUAUGUUAUGCAUAGUAUAUAUUAUAUACUAUUUCAACAAAACGACAUAAUAUAUUAUAAUUAAAACCCACCCAAAUAAGUUCAAAUAUAAGUUCACCCAAACGAAUGCAGCCCUAUAAUUAUAUCAAUGAUUGUUUUUGAGAAGUGUUAUAGGGGACAUGGCAGGUUACUUGAAAAUAUAUCAUCGGAUAGUUUUCCAUCCGAGAACACGCCACACAAAAAUAAGCUAGGCAUAACAUUUCCACCAGGAAAAGAGUUUGCGUACUCUGCCAAUAUCACAGAUGACAUUAUGCAGAACCAAUACAGUUUAACAUUUAUAUUUUAUUUUAUUGACACCGCUCAAAUUUGGCAACGAUUUACAAAUUUGUAAAAUAAUAUUUCAGUAUAAUAUGAUAAUAUAGUAAUAAUUUCAUAAAAUUUGCAGAGGAUAACAUAAUAAACAUUGUUUGUGUAUUGAAUAGGUAGUUGGAAAUAGGCAUUAUUACAAUCGAUUCUUAAACAAUUAAACACUUUAUUUUUUAAUUAAAAUAGUAAUUAUCACAAAUAAUUUUAAUGAGCUCUUACAAAGAACAAAAAAUAAUAAUUUAAAUUUAAAAUCAGCAGUGUAUUAAGAACGGUAUACUUUCUUAAUCAUUGGUUAUAGGUUUACGUUGUCUAUAAAAUAACUAUUUCUAUAACAUACAUUUUACGUUGACAUAUUGUUAGGUAUAUACUAUUCAACGAACUCGUUCAAGCAAUGACGUUUUUUUAGCAAUUAAUUAAAAUAUGGUGUUAUUUUAAAACAAACAGUAUUUCAUUAUUAUAUAUUAUCGACUCAUUUUAAUAUUAAUUGUAGUUAUAAAUGAUUAACAUUUGUUUCACAUUUUCAAUACCUACAAAAAUUAAUUAAUUUUUACAGUAUCAUAAAUCAAUAUUAUACCACUUACUCUCAAGUAAAAUAUCAUUUGAUGUAAUUUACAUCAGAGUAAAAUAUAUACAAAAAAUAAAAUAAUAAUAAUAACUACUUAUUACCUAAAUACAUAAAUAUUAUUAAUGGUCAGUUAAAUAUUAUUACAUUGAGUAACAGGUGUGUAACAAUAUUUUGUAAUUGUACCAAAAUGAAUUAAAUUUGAAUGUGUUGUCUUCGAAAUCGUCGAUUAAAGCAGUUUCUAAUGGUUUUUCGAACCUAAUAAUGCAUAUUGGCACUAAUACCAAAAAAUGUGUUUGUUAUAAUUUUAGAUAAGUAUUACAUUAGCAGUCUGCGGUUUAAAGUAAUGUAGAAUUAAUUUGCUAUAAAAAAUGUCUAGCUUUUAAUUACCGAGUAAUAAGCACAUUCCCAACUAUUUCGAAAUGUGUUCGAAGCUUAAUAAAUAUUAUUAUUGUAUUUGACAUUGAUAUGGAUAUAGAAUUAUUCGUGUUUUUCUUUGUUUUAUGUUGGAUGUAAUUAGAUAAAAAAUACAAUGAUCAUAUCGUUCUACAGUUAAAAUAAACAUAUUUAGACAUUAAUAAUAUGUAAAAUUAUUAUUAUAAUAUUGUAUUGUUAUGUUUUUAUUCAUAUGGAAUGACAUUUUAUAUUAUGUUACCAUGCCAUGUUUUAUAGGUAACGGUUUAGACCCAUAAUAUAUAUAUUUUAUUUUAACUUAAUUGAUUACAUUUCGGUAUGCCCUUUCAUAAUAAUACUACGAAGUUAAGAUGUAAAAUGUAUUAUUAUUCUGAUUUGUGUAUUCUCUUACUGGUUGUUACCCAUUACAAUUUAGUAUAUUUAGUAAUUUUUAAUAAUAUGUGUAUAAAACAACUGUUUGUAAAAAAAAAUAUAUAUAUAUAUAUAAUAUA